CCCGAUGGGUUCCCGGUGCCACAUGCCUCUGGAGCGCCAUUGUGAUUUUCUAAGUGUCAUUUCUCUUCGACAGCCAGUCUUCAUUACGGUUUAACGAUCUCCAUUCUUCUGUCCCUUCGAUCUUAUCCAGAAAGCAUUGAGGUGGAAUCCUGAAAGAUAUUAUUUUGAAAUCUGGCCCUCAAUGAGCCGUAAGUCGUGCAGUUUUGCUGCCAGCUUUGCGCGAAACUGAUUCCGGUCUUGGUUGGGUGUAAGGUGGCUUGAAAGCAACUCUCCAUUAUGAAUGUACGUUUUGCCGAGAUGUAAUAUAAGGCGAUCAGCACAACAGACCUGCUAGUUGCGUUCACCAAAGAAUGAGUUCACAUAGACCAAGGACAACAUCCUUUGCCGAAACCCAAAAAAACCAAUCGCUCAAUUUCACCGGGAUGAAAAUUAGUCGGGAUAAAGACGGAAGCAAGAUUACGACUGUGGUUGCAACUACAGGAUCGUUGCCUGAUCGUACUCAAGAGAUCAGUUAUACGGACACAAAAGUUAUCGGCAAUGGUUCAUUUGGAGUGGUAUACCAAGCCAGGACGUGUGAUACCUCCGAGCUAGUUGCUAUAAAAAAAGUUCUACAGGACAAACGGUUCAAGAAUCGCGAGCUUCAAAUCAUGCGAAAGCUAGAUCAUUGUAACAUUGUACGGCUAAGAUGGUUUUUCUACUCAAGUGGAGACAAGAAAGAAGAAAUAUACCUCAACCUGGUAUUGGACUUCAUACCAGAAACUGUAUACAGAGUGGCUCGUCACUAUAGUAAAGCAAAACAGACAAUACCCAUGUUGUAUAUAAAGCUGUACAUGUAUCAAUUAUUUCGUUCUUUGGCCUAUAUCCAUUGUCUUGGUAUUUGUCAUCGGGAUAUCAAACCUCAAAACCUUCUUCUGGAUCCAGAGACAGCUGUACUUAAACUAUGUGACUUUGGAAGUGCCAAAGUUCUUGUCAAAGGAGAGCCCAAUGUUUCUUACAUUUGUUCAAGAUACUACAGAGCUCCGGAAUUAAUAUUUGGGGCAACAGACUACACUCCGGACAUUGAUGUAUGGUCUGCAGGAUGUGUUUUAGCAGAGCUCCUACUUGGUCAACCCAUCUUUCCUGGUGACAGUGGUGUUGACCAACUGGUAGAGAUCAUCAAGGUGCUAGGAACACCAACCAGAGAACAAAUCAAAGAAAUGAAUCCACAUUACACUGAAUUCAAAUUUCCUCAAAUCAAGCCCCACCCUUGGAAUAAGGUAUUCAGACCCAAAACACCAACAGAGGCAAUUAACCUUUGUAGUCGAUUAUUAGAGUACACACCAUCAGGACGGCUAAAACCCAUUGAAUCAUGUGUUCAUUGCUUCUUUGAUGAACUGAGGGAUCCUGUAGCAAAACUACCUAAUGGGAGAGAACUGCCUCCACUUUUUAAUUUUACUUCUCCAGAAUUGUCUUUGAAGCCUUCUCUAAAUUCUAUUUUAAUACCUCAACAUGCACAGCAGCGGAAUGCAACAGGUUCUAGUAACCCAGGAACACCCAGUAGUAGUAGCACACCAUCAGUGGUAGAUGGUGCUGUGGCAUCUGUUUCUGCUCAAGUUUCUUGAUUCAUACUGACUUAAAGCCAAGCAUGUCUCAAGGCCUGUCGUAAUAUUUUCCAUGCAGAAGUAUAGUAACCAAACUAAUAGAGUGCACACAAUUAAUCCCUGAAACACUAAUUACUAAAUAGUACAAAAUAGUGCUAAUUAAACAAUAGAAAACAAUGGAAUUUGCAUGAAAUUGUGCUAUUUAUAUUACUAAAGUUUCAAGGUUUAUAUUGUUUACACUCUAGUGCACAUAUUUGGAAGAGUAGGAAGUAGACUAAAAUGUAAAUAUUGUCCUUAAAAUUAAUUAGUAGUGCGAAAAUUUUGAGUGUUUUCAAUUAAAUAAACACAACUGUACAGUGUACUUUACCUUUCAAAGGUAGAAAUUUUUAGUUUAGACAAUUGCAAGUUUUAUUAGUUGCUGUAAAAAGUAAUGCACAAAGUUCACACUUGUACCAACUCGUAGUCUUUCAUAAUUUCUCUCCCUAUCAUUAUUCGUAAAAGAAAAACCCAGUUUGUCAAGUAUUUAUGGCUUCUCUGCAAAUUAAUAUUAUGUACUUAAUAGUUUCUUUUAUAAGUAGAGAUAGGGAGAAAUAUAUUACUGAAUUACUAGAUAUGGUUUGCAGGAAGACUGAGACUUUUACUUCACUUUUUCAAAAUCAUUUUACCAGUCUCUUAAAUUAGGUUAGGAAUAGUAGAAAUGAAUCCUAAAGUAUUCCAAUAUUCUCUUUUGCUAUACAAAACAUACACUAUAAAAAUUCAAGGGUCUAAAAAAAGAAAUAACAGUGUCAUCAAGGAAAUAUGAAUGAUUGGCUUGCCACAAUAUUCCUAUCCCCAUGAGGCAAAGUAUUUGUAUUUAAACCUUGUAAUAUAUUAUAAUUCUUUUUACUUUCCUUGUGGGCCAAAAACCUGAGGGAAUUUAAAUAUUAUGUGAAAAUUCUUAUUUCAGUAUUUGUUUGGUGUUAAAUGUAAAAUGCUGUAAAUUGAAAGCUUUUAUCAUAGUCAGUCUUUUAUGUGUAGAUCAAUUUCAUCAUUGUUAAUGUACAAGACUUUAUGACUAUAUAAAUGCACAUACUGAUCAAUCAUUAGCUGUUCUUGGGUCUUUUUAAUCUUUUUCUUAACCAACUGUUGGUGUGACCUACCAGGUAGAGUGCAUACCAUAUAUACAUGAAAAAAUUAACUAAAUAAGUGCAAAGUUUUGUAGGCCUACAGUUUACUGAACUUGCAAAUCUUUUAAAUAUAUCUUACAUGUUUUUUUCCGUGGAUAUGAGAUAUGCACUCUAUUGUGCUAGGAUCUUUCAAUAGAGGUUUUGCACCAUCAUGUGUCAGCACCCAUAAUACAGCUUUGACUGCCUGUGGUUAAAUGGCAGAACAAUAAAACCCCUUUGCUCUUGGGAAUAGAAUUCUUUCCCAUGUAAAACUAUUGUAUUCCUGCCAUCUAACAUGGCUGUCAUAAGUAGAUGGUGCAAAGCCUUCCAUCUGAGUAUUUUAGCCAUGUUGACAGCUCUUGGUUAUGAAGACAAGCCUAAAUAUCCCCCACCUCCUGCAUUAGUAUGCCCACUUUUCUUAAAGUCCACCUAACCCCCGAUACAAUUCUAUGCAUUGAUUCUACAUAAAAUGAAUAGUUGAAUGGUGAAAUAUUUUUUCAUUUGAA